AUGACCUUCGUGGCAGAACUGAAGAGGCGCAUCGUGGCCAAGGGCGCAGAAAAUGUGAACAAAAAAGAUGCAUGGCUGGAUAACGACGACAUUCGGCCAUUGGCCCUCAAAGAUCGAACAUGGACACAAUUGACUUACUUCGUCUUUUGGAUUUCUGCUAAUGCUAGCGUUGCCAAUUGGUAUGGCGGAAGUGCUGCACAAAGUGCCGGAUUGAACAUGUGGGAAGUCCUGGCCUGUACAGUUGUGGGUGACUUUCUGAUUGCCAUCGUCUUCGUCGUCAACGGACGAGCGGGUGCUGUGUACCACGUCGGCUACCCUGUCCUCAACAGAGCAUCUUUUGGUAUCUACGGCGCAUGGUGGCCAACCUUCAAUCGAGCCGUGAUGGCCACGGUGUGGAAUGGAGUCAAUGGCGUUCAAGGGGGGCAAUGUGUCUAUACCAUGCUCCACGCCAUCUUUCCAGGGAUCGCACGAAUCCCCAAUACUAUGGGCUCGGGAUCCGCCAUGACCAGCGCUUCUAUGAUCGGAUACAUAAUUUUCUGGCUUGCAACCGCCUGCUCUCUCGUCAUCCCAAUCCCCAAAAUGCGCCCCUUCGUCUAUAUCAAACUUGGCGUCUAUAUUGUCUCUGCAGCUUGCAUGCUUGGCUGGACCAUGACUUUAGCAGGCGGCGCGGGCCCGGUCAUUUCCCAACCAUCCACAGUGCAUGGGACUGAAAAGUCAUGGCUUAUGGCCAAGUAUAUCUUCAUUAAUAUGGGAUCGUCAGCUACCUUUGCCAGCAAUGCCGCCGACUUCCAGCGAUAUGCAAAGAAGCCCAAUGAUGUCCUUUUGGGCAACAUCUUUGGCUUCCCUUUUGCGGCCUUCCUGGUCAGCAUCGUGGGCCAACUUGUGGCGUCCAGUUCGACCUUGAUCUUUGGCGAACUGGUAUGGAACCCUCUGGACCUGUUGGAUCGGCUUCAGACCGAGAACUAUACUGCCAAGAAUCGAGCCGGGUGUUUCUUCAUCGCCUUGAUGUUCGCAUACUCGGCUUUGUUCUCUUCGGUCUUUGAGAACAGUCUACCUGCUGGCAAUGACAUCGCAGCCUUGUUUCCCAAAUACAUCAGCGUCCGCACGGGCAUGUUCAUCUGUCAGCUCGUCUCCCUGGCCAUCAAUCCGUGGUAUCUACUAGGCACAGCUUCGGCGUUCAUCAAUUUCCUCGCCUCCUACCAAAUCUUCUUGUCGUCCAUCACCGGAGUCCUCAUUUGCAACUACUUCAUGAUCGCACGAGGUUACUUCAACGUUCCAGAUCUGUACUCGUCCCGCAAGUCAGGUGUCUAUCAUUUCUGGCACGGCUGGAAUUUUCGGGCGUACAUUGCUUACGUUGUCGCCAUAGCGCCAAAUUUCCCAGGUUUUCUGGGAAACAUGGGAGUGAAGAUGCCCCUGGGAAUUACGAGGUUCUAUUACUUUGCCUACCCGGUCGGGAUCGCGAUUUCAUUCGUUGUCUUUUGGGUGUGCAAUCUUGUGUGGAAGCCGGAGAUGAUGAUGCCACUGAACGAAUGGCAUGAGCCAAAGAACUAUAUCAGACCGGAAGAGGACACUGAGAGCGGAGUUAUCAUUGAGGGUAAUGCUGUCGAGGACGAGUCUGACAGUGGAGCUAAAACAAGUGAUGAGAAGAUGCAUGUCAAAGAGGGCAUUAUGACGAACCUAUGA